AUGCCCAUGAAACGGAAAUCAACUUCACAAGCAGCGUCUCCUCCUCCGCCAAAGAAGGGAUCAUCUAGCAGUCUCUCCCAUUCGUUGUCAUCGCACGGGUUAUUGUCCAGCAGUCCAUCUCACGGACGGCCCAUGACCACCGCCGCCGCCGCGGCAGCAGCUAUUCGUCGCACCGCUUCCAAUACAAGCAUCAAUAACUGGGCACAAAGACGAUCCAGUGGCGGUACGGCAGCAUCAUCGCGCCAAGGCUCGGUGGAAACUGAUCGUGAAGGUAGCGUGCCGAAUACAGUAGCUGAUGAGGAACAAGAACAACAAACGCCGAACGAGGCCGAAACGAGUCAACAGCAACAACAACAGGAAGAUAACGAAGACGAUGAUGAAAACAAGGAAGACUUGGUCAUGGAUAUGGAUGCGCAUAUGCAGGCACAGAUGGAAAAAGCAAAAGAAGAUAUGAAGCUGCUACUAGAAAAUUUCACCGAUGAUCAGCUUCAACGGUACGAAGGAUAUCGUCGUUCGGCAUUGAAUCGAACCAACGUGAAAAGACUUGUAAGUCAGGUACUGAACCAGCAAUGUUCACAGACGAUGGCAUUUGUUGUAGCUGGUUUCUCAAAAGUAUACGUUGGCGAAAUUAUUGAAAAAGCACGUGAGGUUAUGGAAGAGUUGGGAGAUACGGGUGCCAUCCGACCGGAGCAUCUUCGGGAAGCACACCGAAGAUAUAAACAGAGUCAGACCGUGUCAUCGACGGUGGGCAAAAAGCUAUUUCGCCGAUAG